UCCAAAUAUUGUUAAAAAAUUGGAGGAUAUUUCUGAGAACGAUAGAAAGUUAUUAGCAGGCAAAUAUGAAUGUUUCGACACAAUGAACCUGACAAUCAAAUAUGAAAAUUGGGACCGCGAUGAGAUAUUGAAAGCAGUUCUGCCAGAAGAUAUUCCAAGUCCAACAUCGUACAGUCUGGUAGGACACAUUGCACAAGUAAAUCUACGCGAUAUACACUUGCCAUACAAAACUCUCAUCGGUCAAGUGUUUCUCGAUAAAAUUCCACCCAUACGGACGGUAGUGAAUAAAAUAAAUAUAAUUGAUUCGACGUUUAGAUAUUUUAAUAUGGAGAUUCUGGCUGGCGAAAAGAACACAAUAACAACCGCAAAGGAAAACGGAUGUAUGUACGAGUUUGACUUUGCACAGGUUUAUUGGAACCCACGUUUGUCCACCGAACACGAAAGAAUAGUAAAAUUAAUGGCGCAAAAUGACGUUCUGUACGACGUGUUCGCGGGAGUGGGGCCAUUUGCUAUUUACGCUGCGCGCAAAAGAAUUCGAGUAUUAGCCAAUGAUCUGAAUCCCGAAUCUUACAAAUGGCUUCGAAAAAAUGCCACUGUUAAUAAAACAAAAGCACGAGACAACAUGUCACACGAGAUGUGUAAUUUGUGCACGGCAAGCUUAAUAGUCGUGGGGGAUGAGAUUUUACGUGGCCAGAUAAUUGACACCAACACAUCGUAUCUGGCGAGAAGUUUGACAGCUGCUGGAGUGAGCUUGCAAAGAGUCGUGGUAGUUCCCGAUGUUGUGGAUGACAUUGCUAAAGAAGUGAGCAAUGCCUCAAACGAGUACUCCGUUGUGUUCACAUCUGGGGGUGUCGGGCCUACGCACGAUGAUGUAACUUACGAAGCUGUGGCAAAAGCGGUUAACCUAGAACUUGAAUUAAAUCAAAAAUUGUUCGACAUUUAUAUCCAAGAGAGUCCCGAUCAGCGUGAAAUCGAACGAUUUUGUAUCGUUCCGAGUUCUUGCGAAAUUAUCAAAAUCGAUUCUCCAGAGACUUUUGCGAUAAUAAGCGUGAAAAAUGUUUACAUACUGCCUGGUUCUCCGAAAUAUUUCGAACCCGCGGCGGACGCGAUAAUUCCGCGACUUAGAGGACGCAAGGUAUUGCACUUUGAACACAUAGAUAUCGACUCGAACGAAUUAUCAAUAGUAAAUAUUUUGGAUGAACAAGCGAAACGCUGNAUAGGCAAAGUGAAAAUUGGCAGUUAUCCGCAAUCGAAGCCGCGAGCUUUCACGAGGAUCGUUUUGGAAGGAUCCGAGGAAACGGUUCAAGAGGCGAAGGAGGAACUGCUGUAUUAUUUACCGGCGCGAAAAAUUAUGAAUCCGAAUCACGGACUCGGUUGUUUUCAAGUGAACGCCGUUCUGGAAACUGGCAAAAGCGAGGCGCAUGUUAAAUCUGCGUUAGACAUAUUGAACGAGUGUUACGACAGAUACAAGUCAGACGAAAUUUUUAUUAAUUUUAAUGGCGGCAAAGACUGCACGGUGGUCUUGCAUCUGACUGCUGUCGUUGCUAAAUUGCGUAAUAUCUCGUCUUUAUUAUGCCUGUAUAUAACUGCCGACUCAUUUCCGGAGGUGGAAACGUUCGUGGAAUCAGCUUCUCGGUAUUACAAUUUGGAGAUGAUACGAAAGGAAUUUCCGAUGCGGUCCGCUCUAGCCGCGUUACUGGAAGAGAGGCCCGGUUUGAAAGCGGGUCUUAUAGGUAUGAGAAAAGGUGAUCCUGGUUCGAAGGACUUGCAACCGUUUGCUCCGACCGAUCCAGACUGGCCGCCGUUGAUGCGCGUCAGUCCUAUUCUAGAUUGGACGUACAGUCAGGUGUGGUCGUUUUUAUUGAAACACAAUAUUCCUUACUGCUCCCUAUACGAUCAAGGAUACACGAGUAUCGGCAGUAAAAGCACCACAACGCGAAAUCCGUUGUUGAAGGAUCCCGCCAACCCGUCGUCUUAUCUGCCAGCGUACACUUUGACCGAUAAAUCCACCGAGAGGGAGGGCAGAGAGAUUUUUGGCAAACUGAAGGGGAGCUAGCUAGUAUUAUUGCGUUGUCUCAAUACAUCUUAGUAUUGAUUAAGUGAUAUUGAUUACCAAUAGUAUUAAUUGUCUUACUCUUUGAUAUCACUUUAGAUAUUUUUUCAUUUAUAUCAGAUGUAAGAAAAAUGUGUUAAAAAAAUCGAUCUAUUCUGUCAA